AUGUCCGACUCGACCAAGGUUGAAGAGCCCGUCCCCGUCGUUGCCGACGACAAGGUUGACCAGCCCGCUGCCGCCGCUGAGGAGACCUCCGCUACCAAGGCCGAUGCGCCUGCUGAGGAGGAGACCGCGGCGGGAUCCAAGAGGGCCGCAGAGGAGGAGCCCGAAAAGGAGAAGGAGACCAAGAAGUCCAAGCCUACCGAGGAGAAGAACGAAGAAGAGGAGGAAGACGUGACGGGCGAGCUCGCGCACCUCGACCAGUCCAACAUCAUCGAGGGUGGCCGCCGCACGCGCGGCAAGAAGGUCGACUAUGCCGCGCUCGACAACGGCGCGGAGGAGGACGACGAGGAGGACGAGGGAGACGUCACGGUUGAUGAGGAGACCGCGAGGAAGCAGACGGAGGAGGCGGAGGGCGACGAUGACGAGGCGGCCGAGGACGAGGGCGACGACGAGUAG